AAAUAAAAACACUGCUUUGUUUUUGUAAUACAUGCAUUUUGAGGCUAUUUUAUUGACAAAUAAAAGUUUAUAUUUAAAUUUUAAAACAUAUUACCAAAUCUUACUUCGUUUUUAAAAGGCUUAUUGGAAAAAGGAAAGCUUUAGUGUUACGUAGAUUAUGUAUAAUAAAAGUCUUUAAAUGUAUCAAAAUAAACUAUUGAUAAAGAGUGUAUUCAACUUAGCUACUAACUGCAAGCACAUUAAUUUUAAGUAUUUGAAAACCUCAUUUAAUUUAUGUAGUAAUGCGAGUACUAAAGCAUCUGUACUGGCAAAUAUACCAAAACAUGGAAACGAGAAUAUAAUGUCGCGAAUGAAAAGACGACAGCGUGUCAAAUCCAAACAAGACACUUUGGAAGCUGAUGGAUAUUUCAGUGUUAAUGCUUUUGCGACAGCUGAAGAAUACAAUUUAGAAAGUUUAUUUGAAGAACUAGAAAAACAGAAUCUAUAUGUAACGAAAAAAUUUUUUUCAACAGACAAUUUAGGAGCAGAACGUGAUGUACUUUAUAUCCGUGGCAAAUAUGAAAUUGAACAAGAGCCACGAGAUAUUUUUUUCUUCCGAGAAGGCUGUGUAGUUUUAUGGAAUUGCAGCAUUUUAGAAACAAAUAACAUUUUAAAUUUUAUUAAGAAUCAUGAACAAGAUAGAUAUCCAAGCCAAUUGAUUCAAGGUGAGAGCGAAGUAAUGCCCUAUUCGUACGUUCAAAAUAACGGGAAAUCUAUGAAAAGUGGAACUUUCUUUUUAACUAAUGAGAGUGACAACUUUUUACAGAAAUACACAUUUUCAAACGCUAUGUCUGCUACUGUUAAGUUGGGAAUAUGUGAAGCAAUUUUGGACCUUUUUGUUGACGAUAUGGAAUUUAUAGCAGAGGAUUUAAAAAAAGGGCGCAGUAUAAGAAUAAGCCGAGCUGAAGUAUUGCGUAAAACAGGGGAACUUUUUGCAUUAAGGCAUUUAAUUAACUUAAGUUCCGAUUUACUGGAUACACCAGACUUUUAUUGGGAUAGAGAGGAGCUAGAAAGUAUUUAUAUCCAAGUCUGUGGAUAUUUUAAUAUUUCUCGAAGAACAAAAGUAAUGAAUGAAAAAUUGAAUCAUCUAAUAGAAUUAGCACAUUUGGUAAGCUCGAAUUUAAAUGAUGCUCAUCAUGUUAGAUUAGAGUGGAUGAUAAUAGUCUUAAUUAUGGUUGAAGUUGCUUUUGAAAUUUUACAUUAUGCUGAAAAAUUUUUUUAAAUAAAAUGCAUUUGUUUAUUAUUAAAAAUUUAA